AUGUCUGUCAAGGCCGCGCCCUCGACGUCGCAUCUUGUCCAGCUGCCCUUGUCACCGUCAAGCUCCUUCGACUCUCGACGACUGCCUCACCUGUCCAAGCUGCUCUCCUACCACGACGUUGCGCACCGCCAUCUCCAGCAUCAUCCUCAUCCUCAGCAUCAACAUCAGCAUCGUCCUCACCACCGACUUCACCUGGGCUUGAGGACGCCUCCAGUCGACGAGAUGAGCACCACGUACCAGCAGGCGCCGGCUGCAUACGACAGCCACGCUCUGCGAUCCUACGCCUCGUCAAUUGCCCACCCCAGGACCUCGACUUCAGCAGCCGUUGCCUCCCACGAUGCCAGGAAUGCCGCUGCGCAGUACUACCGAUAUCCCACCCAGCAGAGCCAAACCGCCCAGAGUUCCACCUCGCAGUCACGCACUGCGACUCUUCACGGCACUCCCUCGGAUCGCUCUACCAAAUCGGCGACGCCAGCUUCUCUCCAGAUCCCGAGAUGCAUCAGCUCCAACGGCGGCAGCUUGGCAGAUUUUGCAGCCCAGAUGACGUGCCUCUUUUGGUUUGAAUCCAUUGACCACCUCAAGAAAGCAGAGACGAUUCGAUCACGGCCAAACAUGCUCACCACUCGCCUGGCCCAGCUAGCCAAGCCAAACGAGCAGUUCCGCAAAUGGGUCUACAACGUGCUGUCGACCACCCAGGUUACACAGAACAUCAAGGGCCGAGAGGGCAGCGAGUAUCGAUUGCUCACGGUGGCCCUCAUGCUCGGUAACAAAUUCCUCGACGACAACACCUACACCAACAAGACGUGGGCCGAGGUGUCGUGCUUCAGCGUCGGCGAGAUUCACGUCAUGGAAGUCGAGUUUCUGAGCAACAUGCGAUACAACCUCCUUGCCUCCAAGGACGAGUGGGAGGAUUGGUUGACCAAGUUGGCGUGCUUCCGCGACUACUACGAGCAGGCGCUCCGAGUUCCAGCAUCCCCCUUGGCCGUCUCUCCCUCUGCCAGGAGCUUCCACUCUCCCCUCGUCUCGCCCACCUCGACGGUCAUGCUACCAUCUGCCGAUGCAGCAUUCGCUCCCGCCGCCGUGACGACAUACUCGCCCCCUGUUUCGAGACACGCUCAGAACUGGGCCAUGUACCACGCCAACCCCGUCUCGCCCCUGGCUGCUCGGCCGUCCAUGACUCUGCCCGUUUGUCGAAAGCGCAGUCCCGACGUGGAACCCAUCGAUCACCCAGCCAAACGAAUUAUGCGCAGAGCUCCCAUGAGCGGAGCGCCCUGGCCCAAGGCCGCCCCGGAGUCGGGCAGGCUUCCCCCGGUUGCUUUCCCGACAGCGGCGCCGACGGUAUCGACAACGACUACGACUUCACCGCUGGCGGCUGGAUAUACGUCACCAUCUGCUACCCAGGGCGCAGCAGCCAGCUACACUCCGGCAACCGGCUACACCCCCCAGUCGCCCUACGCCAACCAGAACAUGGUCUCUCUGCCGCCUCUGCAGACCGGCAUGCGUGCCAUGUCCAGCGUCUAUCAGCCAUACCAAUCAUCGGCUGCGCCUCUACCUGUACAAUACGAAGCCUACCACCCACCGACCCUCCCGGCAUCGACUACGAGUGUCUCCGCCACUGGAUUCCCCAGCACAGCACCGCAGAACCACCCGCCGAUCGCCUACACCACGCCCAGCAAGCACCAGCACACGCCGGUGAGCCUCGCCUCUGCCUAUACGUCGUCGCCAAUGGCGGAGCCCCUGUUUGGAGCCGCCUCGGGAAUGCAUACGCCCAUUGCCCUGACGCCCAUCUCGCACUCGCCCAGCGUCUACCUGCAGCAGCGGGCCAGUCCCUACAAGCCCAUCCGCCACGUCAACAGGCUGCUCUACCCGCCGCCGUCGGCAUCGCUGGAUCAGUAUCACCUCGCGGUGCCCGUCCCGCCCACGCACAUGCAUUACCAGCCUCUUGGUCGGCGAAACGACUUGCGCACGGGAGUGGUGCCCGAGUUUAUAGUGUACAACAGGGGCCAGCAGUCCCUCUCGCAACACGCACCGCAAGUGCCGUAUGCACCCUAG